AUGCAAGCAAUAAAGUGUGUUGUUGUUGGCGACGGAGCCGUCGGAAAGACAUGUUUGCUUAUCAGUUAUACUUCCAACGCCUUUCCCGGUGAAUAUAUCCCUACCGUGUUCGAUAAUUACUCUGCAAAUGUAAUGGUCGAUAAGAAACCAAUUAACUUGGCCCUUUGGGAUACUGCCGGGCAAGAAGAUUAUGACAGACUUCGGCCGCUAUCAUACCCGCAGACAGAUGUUUUUCUGAUUUGCUUUUCGGUGGUUAGUCCAGCCUCCUUCGAAAACGUAAAGGCCAAGUGGAUUCCUGAAGUAAGACAUCACUGCCCCAGAACUCCAGUGAUUCUUGUUGGAACUAAAUUGGAUUUACGUGAAGACCAGGAAACCAUAAAUAAACUGAAAGAUCUCAAGUUGGUCCCCAUUACUUACCCCCAGGGUUUGAGUAUGGCAAAAGAAAUUAGUGCAAUCCAGUACUUGGAGUGUUCUGCUCUAACCCAAACAGGCCUGAAAAAUGUAUUCGACGAGGCAAUACGUGCGGUUCUAAUUCCUCAUUCCAAACCCAGUAAACGCGGCUGCGAUCUCGUCUAA